CUCUCAGCUCCAAGGGCGUGCCUCGAACACCACCGGCAGAAACCCUGCGCCGGGCCAGGUGCGCUCCGUGGCCAAAGCUGUCCCCACCGCCCUGCCCACUCCCGUUCCAGGCCCGCCCACACCCCAGUCACUGCCUUAAGUCGGCCCUCCGCUCCCUACUUCUCCGCGGGCACCGAGAGCUAGGGUCUCCACCCGCUUCCCGCUCCCGAGGCCAGGGCGCGGGGCGCUCCCACUGCGCGUGCGCCCUCGGGCUGGAAGCCCCCCGCGCCCCUCCCCCUGCGGCCGGACUUGGUACGGCCGGGACGGCGGUUGGCGUCCUCAGCGGCUCCAGCGAGCGGCGGGCUUUUCAAAUCUUACCUUCGAAGGAGUGGCGGAGGCCCUGGCUGUGGCGCUGGAGAUGGAGGGGCAGACCGUGAGGGGUCCCGAGCUCCGCCUGGCGGGCCUUCCCGCCCAGCAGGAUUGCAGCAUUCCAGAAAAAAUAGAUUUAGAAAUUCGAAUGCGAGAAGGAAUAUGGAAAAUCCUUUCUCUGAGCACUCAGAAAGACCAGAUCUUGCACGCAGUUAAGAAUCUCAUGGUAUGCAAUGCUCGAAUAAUGGCUUACACAUCGGAGCUACAGAAAUUAGAAGAACAGGUUGCAAAUCAAACUGGAAGAUGUGAUGUCAAUUUUGAAAGUAAAGAACGAACAGCAUGUAAAGGAAAGAUCGCCAUAUCAGAUAUUCGAAUACCACUUAUGUGGAAAGACUCUGAUCACUUCAGCAAUAAGGAACGAUCACAGCAGUAUGCCAUUUUCUGUUUAUUCAAAAUGGGAGCUGAAGUUUUUGAUACUGACAUGGUGAUUGUGGAUAAAACAAUCACAGAUCUAUGUUUUGAAAAUGUAACUAUAUUUAAUGAAGCUGGGCCAGACUUUCAGAUAAAGGUGGAGGUAUAUAGCUGCUGUACAGAAGAAUCUUCUAUAACCAACACACCAAAAAAACUAGCUAAGAAACUGAAGACAUCUAUAAGUAAAGCUACAGGGAAGAAAAUAAAUUUGGUGCACCAAGAAGAUCAUGAAACAUGCUCAUCCUACAGUUCUGCUAUUUUUGGUGCAAAGUAUAAUUUGUUAGCUCAUACGACACUGACCUUGGAAAGUGCUGAGGAUAGCUUCAAGACCCAUAAUCUGUCUAUUAAUGGAAAUGAGGAGUCUUCAUUUUGGCUUCCCUUAUAUGGCAACAUGUGCUGCCGCCUCGUCGCCCAACCAGCCUGUAUGGCUGAGGAUGCAUUUGCAGGAUUUCUUAAUCAGCAGCAAGUGGCAGAAAGCCUGAUUAGUUGGAGAAGGUUGUAUUGUGUUUUAAGAGGGGGUAAACUCUAUUGUUUUUACACUCCAGAAGAAAUCGAAGCUAAAGUGGAACCAGCUUUGGUAGUGUCCAUUAACAAGGAAACCAGAAUUCGGGCAAUGGAUAAGGAUGCCAAGAAAAAAAUUCAUACUUUCUCUGUCAUCAACCCUGUUGCUGGACAGGCUGUAACUCAUGUUUUUGCAGUGGACAACAGAGAAGAUCUUCAGAAAUGGAUGGAAGCCUUCUGGCAACAUUUCUUUGAUCUUAGCCAAUGGAAGCAUUGUUGUGAAGAACUUAUGAAAAUUGAGAUUAUGUCACCACGGAAACCACCUUUGUUCUUGACAAAAGAGGCGACCUCAGUCUACCAUGAUAUGAGCAUUGAUUCUCCUGUAAAACUUGGAAGUUUAACUGAUACAAUACAAAAAAAACUUGAAGAGACAAAUGGACAGUUUCUUAUUAGUCAGCAUGAAGAAUCCUCACGACAUCUUUGGGCCAGCCUCUUUGAUGGUAAUCAUCAAGUGGUUAUCCAGAAAAAGGUAUUGUCUCUUGCAAGCAAGCAGUUACAUGAUGGGAAAGGGAAAAAAAGACGUGCUCCCCUUCCUCCUCCUGAUAAACCUCCAUUCAGCUUAAAAACACAGAGCAACACUGAUCAAUUGGUAAAGGACAACUGGGAAAAAACAAGUGUAUCUUGGACCUUGCCUUUGGAUACCAAAUUAUCAACCCUAAUGCAUCACUUACAGAAACCAAUGGCUGCUCCUCGAAAACUUCCUGCCAGGAAAAAUAAUUUAAGUGAUGGUGAACACAUAGACACUAAAACCAAUUUUGAAGCCAAGCCAGUGCCAGCUCCAAGGCAGAAAUGUAUCAAAGACAUUUUGGACCCUAGAUCAUGGUUGCAGGCAUAAGUAUAGAAAACCCUUAAUAUAUAAAACAUUUAACAAAAUCUGUAACUGUUAGGCUUAAUUCAGAAGCACUAGACAUAUAGUAAUAUGUAAUUAUGUUGGUAAAUAUGAUAGUGAUUUACAUCAAUAAUUAAUAAGUUAUUAGUUAUAAAAAUGCUUUAUAAUGAAGAAAUGGAUUUCUCUUUUACUUCUGAUCUUCUGACUAUGAGUGAUUUCCCCUGUAGAGUGCAAGAGGCAGUUUCUAGACAAUAUCCUAAUUGUUGGCAGGGUUAAUUUAUUCCUAAAUUAGAACCAGCAGUGAGCAAGCACUAGGCAGAAGAAGGCAUUAAAAUUUCUUUGGGGAGAGACUGUCUAGUAAUUUAAAAUGUGUUAAAUACCAUAUUCUCAUUGUGAGAAUUUUAAUACUAAUGGAAUGUUUCAAAAGUUUUAUUCAAACCGCAAAUUAUAGAAUCCACCCAAGAAAAUUUCUUCUUAACAUUCUGGAAUUCUCAUCUAAUGGUUCACUGGCUCUCAUCUAUUGUUUAACUCACUAGUUAACUCACUGACCUUUCAAAUUCCUGGGAUAAAUUUUGGAAUAUUCUUCAUCUUUAAAGGGAAUUUAUAAUGUGCUAUUCAAAGUUGUUUCCUUGAUGAGCCCUGAAAUCCUGUUGACAUUAACUCUCAUAAGUGAAGCAUAACAUUUAUUAGUUUAGAGAAAAGGUAAAUGAAAUGUUCUUUAUUUCCACUUUUCUAUGCAUAGUGCUAAUUUCCAUUGUGACAUUGGAAUUUGGGGAAGUGAGUAGCUGAUUAACACCUUAAAAUUCAUUUAAUACUUAUUUAAAAAGCAGAUGGCCGAUUCAAAAAUAUCAGAAAAGUUGGCCAUGAUAAUAAUUUUCAGAAUUAAUCCUUUUAAAACAUUUUAAUUAAAUUUCCUUUUUCUAGUAAAGGUUGAUGUCUGCUAUUGAUAUUAUUCAUUAAAAGUCAUAUUCUUACAACAAUGACUUCGGAAUCAUUUCCAUAGGAGGUAAUUUCCAUAGCAACUAAUCAUAGUGACCCAAACAGGAUUAUGAAAUCAAGUGAGGAACAAAUAGCAAGAGAUGAAUACCUUAAAGGAACAAAAAAUCCAUUUUAAAAAUAAUAAUGCUUCUUGUAAAUAAGAGCUGAACAGUUUUAAAAAUCAAAUCAGAAUUUCCAAAUAAACCAGUUUCCAUAAGGUGUCAGCAACAGCACAAAAAAAUCUGAAAUCACACUGAACCCUAAAUGUCAUUGCAAGAAAUAAAAAUAUAAGAAUUAAAUUACUCCUCUCUGUAUAAUCUCUAGAGAUCUUUCUAAAGCUCAUGAGAACUCUAUUUGGAUCAGAACUACAUCAUUACAAAGUAAAAUGAACACUUGACAAAAAAGUAACAUUAAUUUAAAUGGAGCCUUUCAUUAUUUUUAGAUAACAGUCUUUCUUCAUUUAUAUAGAAUGAUGUAACUGCCAGGUUACUUUUGUGUUUGCUGGGGACUCCUAGUAAGAAUUGAGACUCGGGGGAGUAAUGAUACAAAAGGUCUCUUGUGACCCACGAUACCAGGAUAGACAUAGUAUUUGAUGAGAAGGAAGCCCCAUGUGCCUGCCUUAGAGGAGUGUAGAGACAAUCACAUGCAUGAAAACCUGCAAAGGUAGGAUUAAUUUGUUUUUUCUAACGAGAAGGCUCUCAUAAAUUCUGUUGUGGUUGCCAAUUCAGUAAAUGACAUAUUAAAAAUCUACAGGAUAUCAUUGUUUGAAUUUUUGUUUAUUUUUUAAACCUCACUUCUGUUUUUGACAGCAUUUGUGACUGUCAUUGCCACUAAAUUAUUGAGCUAGAAGAUGCUGCAGGCAAAAUUGUUUCUGAAACUGGCAUCUAAGCAUCUUUUUUUUUUUUUUUUAGCCGAAGCCUUCCUUAUAACAACCAGUGUUAAAACUUCCAAAUUAUAUUCUUGUCAUUUCCUCAUGCAUAUUAUAUCAAGAAGGAUUUAAGGUGUACUGGAAAGAGAAUUUAUUCAUAGAGAAACUACCUAGCAGUUGUGCCCUCAGUGGGACACUUUGAAACCAGGCUGAGGCCCUUCCUCCUAGAAAUAUUUAUGUGAAGCCUGACCAAGGACCACAGUUAUUCAGGCUGUUUCUGGGGACCCAUUUCACUGUAUGCUACAGAGCCUUUGGGAUCCUGCUGAAGGCUUCAGCUUCACUUCCUUUAGCGUUGUGUUCAUUAAAUGUCAGUUCACUUCCCCCAAAAGGUAUAAUACACAGUCGGGGCUCCCUCCCUUCCUUCUUUCCUCCUUCCUUCCUUCCUUCCACAGUUAAAAAAAUCUAAAAAUACUUAGUUAAACACUUUGUCAAGGAGUUCGUCAAAAGAAGUAUUUGUUUUCUCAUUUCCUAAACCGGAAGUUUAUGACAGAUAAAAAUAUGUCAUGUAAUAAAAGACGUUUCAGCUUUUUAUGAGCUGCCUUUUCACAUUCCUUGUUUGUCCUUUUGUUUCUUGAUAUAUGAAGACUAUAAACUUGAAAACAAAGAGUUAGCUGUCAGAUCUUCAUAAUAAUAUUAUAAUUAGAGAAACAAAGAAUAGAUAUUUUAUGAUAUUAUGAUAAUUCUGAUGAUCUGAAGAUAAUGUCUUAGAAAAUUACAUUUACAUUUCAAGCUCUGGGACAUAAAUUACUCACCACAGCAUUAAGAUAGUAUUAUUUUUACUUGCUACAAAGUGGUGAGCUUUUUAUUUAAACAUCUUGCCAAGGACAAAGAAGGCAUUUUAUUAUUAUAAACACACACGUCUUAAGGUAAACAGCCUUUCAGAAUAUCAGGCGUGCCCAUUCUUGGUGAGUUUGGUUAAAUCCUCCUUAAUGUCUGCGGUGCCCCCUGACUUCUUUUAAAUAGAUGUGCAUGUAUAUGGAAAACUAAUUUCAUUUAUUAUAAAUGCCUUAUCUUUACCCUUUAAGAUCCUACUAAGUAAAUUUUUCUGGUCCUGUUUAUUAAAAAUGGAAGCUGCCUUGCAUUAGAGACGAUUCAUAUAAGGUAGGUUAAGCAGUCAAGUAUUUCCUUAGGCUUGUGUUCAGCACCUCAGUCACCUACUGAGAAGUUGAUUAAUUCAGUCCAAAAUGAAAUUAUAGGGCAGUUUGGCACAAUUUAUGUUAAAUGCCAUUUGAAUGUAAUCACCUGUGUUACCAUGAAUGAGGAACGACUAUACUAGAUACAGACAGAACGCUGUACCAGGAACAAGAAGAGCAGUGCUUUGGCAGGGAAAAUAUCUGUCCUAUGGUCAGAGUUUAUCAAAGACCUUGUCUUUUUAAAGAGUGAAUUAUUGAACAGUAAUUAAAUUUUAACUGAUGACCAUUUAUACAGUGUUCUAUUAGUCUUAACUACUAUAAAGUAGACAGAGUUGACUUUGUGCCCUUACAUUUCAAAGACAUCACUAUUUUUUAAUGUUUACAUGUUUAAUGUAACUGCGUCACUGCUAAUAAUAGUUCUAUGAAAAAACGGUUUAUUUUGGAUCAUGCAUAUUUUUAGUUAACACUAGAAAUGUGGUUACCUUUGAAUUUUUAAAAGACAAGAUUUCAUUUGAAAAUAUGCUAGGCUGUGUUAUUUUUUAUAACAUGCUUGUAUAAGUGGCAUUGUUUAUAAUUUUUAUUUUUUAAUUAAAUGUAGGUUAAGCAUCUGGAUUAAAACAUAUUCAGGGGCCGCCUGGUAGCUCAGAGGGUUAAGCAUCCAACUCCUGAUUUGGCUCAGGUCAUGAUUGCAAAGGACGUGAGAUAGAGCCCCCUGUUGGCCUCUGAGCUGGGCAUGGCACCUGCUUGGGAUUCUCCCUCUCCCUCUGCCCCACCCCCCAACACUGCUGGUGCUCUCUCUAAAAAAAAAAAAAAAGAUUCUAUUAUGGGUAUGUAUUUUUUAAAGUGCCAAAGAUUGGUAAGGAAGCCAAUGUCAUGUGAGUAAAAUUUCUAUACAUUAAAGGAACUGAUUCAUGAAGACAUUUGCUAGCUUUUUCUUUAGGUACCCUCUUCUGUGCUAGACUGAUAGAAGUAAACUGUAGUGAAAUCAGCUUAAUCAGAGAAAGACAUACCCAAAGCUGGUGCUAAUUAUUGUAAGACUAAUAUUUGAUAACCUUGCUAUAACUAAAAAUCAUUAAGAUGUUUACAUAUAAUCCUUCUUACCGUAUAUUCUUUUAAAAAUUCACUGAUAUAACCUUAGUUUGAGAUUAUUGAUGCAGAAUUUGCCCAGAGCUUAAGUCACUCUGAUAAUAAAUUAGGGACCUAGGAUACUCAGCUGCUGUUAGCCACAAGGAGACUCCUUAUUCUAAUGUACCUCCCUCGGUGCUUGAUUUAUUCCCAUGGAGCUCCUCAGGGGAGGGGGAGAGGAAUGAACAAUUCCGGCUCAAUUAUAUUGUUUCAACAUUUUACUUCUGAAUCUGAAACAUGACCAGAAAUAUUUAACAUUUCUUUUUCUAAAAAGCUUCCCUUUCUCUAAGGAGAUUUAUUACAUAAAUAUUUUUGUUUAUCUGAAUAUAGGAAAAAUACCGAUCCUGGCAUGUUUGAUAAUUGGAAAACUACGCAAAAUCAUUCCAAAUCUUACUGAAAAUUGUGUUUUAAAUGGCAGCAGUUUGCUUUCAGAGAUAUGGUAAUCUCUUAAUGUACUACUGAAGGAGAGAGAGAUUGAAAAGAUCUUGUAUAUACAUAAUUAUGCCACGUCAUAAACAGGUUUCAAGAUAUUAAAAUAGAAUAUUUCAAACAGAAAGCAGAAUAAGACCUAUAAAGACAGAAGACAAACUGGUGGUUGCCAGUGGGGAGAGGGCAGGGGUGAAGGACGAAAUGGGUGAAGGGGGGAGUGGGAGGUACCAACUUGCAGUUAUGGAAUGAGUAAGGCAUGGGAAUGGAAGGCACACCACAGGGAAUCUAGUAAUGGUACUGUCAUAGGAAUGUAUGGGGACAGAUGUUGGCUACACUUGCAGUGAGCACAGCACAACAUAUAGACUUGUCAAAUCACUAUGUCGUACACCCGAAACUAAUUAACAUUGUGUGUCAACUGUACUCAAAAAAAAUGUUUUUUAAAUAGAUGGUUUUGUUGAAAAUGGGUACUUUUCUGAGUGUUGUAUUUUUAUGUUUGUUCACUCAAAAAGCAUUUUCUUUCCUAUUUUUGUGAGUAGAUACAUUUUUGUUGAACUUA